GCUUCGACGGACCUGGGCCACAAACAGUAGACAGUCCACUACUCCACACCCCCACACCACAUCCAGUCGACGACACCAUGACCCGCCGCCGCCGCCGCCGCCGUGCACGCCCCGCCUCGCCACCGGCGGCGCUGGAAGACGACGACCUCCUACGGAAGAUUUUCCUCCUCCUCCCACCUCAGCCGUCCACCCUUCCCCGCCUCUCCGUCGUCUGCAAGCAGUGGCGCGACGUCGUCACCGACCCCCAGUUCCUCCGCGGCUUCCGCGACCAACACAGGAAACCUCCCCUCCUCGGCCUCGUCAUGGGCCACACCGGGUCCCCCUACUUCAGGUCCGAUCUCGACCCUCCAGACCACAUCCCGCACGAGCGCUUCUUCCCUCGAGACAUCCGCAGCAUGAACAUGGACAUAUUCGACUGCCGCCAUGGGCGCGUCGUCUUCUUCGCCCAACGGCUGGGCGAGGUCGUGCUGUUUGACCCCGCCACGGGAGGCCGCCGUUGUGUGGUCGUUCCACCAGUGUUUCACGGAAAGGAGAUUGGCGUCUUCAACGCCGCUGUGAUUUGUGUUUCCGGCGACGAAGGCCACGUGCACGGCGAUUGCCACACCAGCCCAUUUCAGGUGGUCUUGAUAGGUAUCCACGAUGACAAUAAACGAGCAUUUGCCUCGGUCUACUCAUCGGAGACCGGAACAUGGGGCGAGCUCAUCUCAACAGCAGCAAUUCGGUAUAUGUGUGAACUGAACCGUCCCAGUACCCUUGUAGGGGAUUCUGUUUAUUGGGUGUUUGAUGGCAAUGAGGAUGGCAUACUCAAGUUUGAUUUAGAUAGGCAUAGCCUAGUUAAUAUCGAGAUGCCGGAUUUCAUGUAUUAUAACUGCUCGAGCAGCUUUAAGAUCAUGUCGACAGAUGAUGGCAGUUUUGGCCUUGCUGCCUUGGAAUACCAAAAAUUCGAAAUGUGGGAGAGGGAAGUCGAUUGUGAUGGUGUUGCUGGAUGGGUGCUGCAGAAGACCUUCGAACUGAACACGAUCCUUGGUCUAGGGCCUAUGGGAGGAUGUGAUAAUCUCAUGUUGGGGUACGAUGAAGAUGAUCGUGCGAUUUAUGUAAAGACAGAUAUUGGUGUCUGCAUCAUUCAGCUUGAGACAAUGCAGUUCAGAAAUCUUGGCAAAGAUAAUUUCACGACCACCGCCUAUUAUCCGUACAAAAGUUUCUAUACUGCAGUGAGUGACUUGGCAGUAUGCGAGAGGACUGGUGACCUCUUUGCACCUCUUGCAAAUGAUUACCUCCUUGCUUCAUGGGGUGUAGGAGCAGUAGGAGGUAAUGAAGCAGCUACCUCGAGUGAAACCUUACCGGAUGGAGGUACGGUCGGCAUGUCAAAGCACAUAGAUCAAGGAAAGGAUGCAGAUCCUGUGCCUAGCCGCGCACUAAAACAAACACGAAUUGACGUGAUAUUCAAGAAGGAGACCGAGACAAGAUCAAAGCUUAGCAAAGCUUGGGCAAAAUGGUUUCGGAGCAAUGGUGUUCCUGGAAAUAAAGCAGACUGCCCACUCUUUCGUAGUGCCUUGAAGCUAACACAGCAGCUAGGUACCCGGUUCAUUGCUCCUACAGGCAACGAAAUAGACGGUGCAAAUCUGGAUGCCAGUGAUGAAGAACUUCCGUAGGUAUAUAGAAGGUGAACCGCUUGACAACGUGGGAAAGCUAACUACUUUAUAUCAUGUUUGUACAAACGGCUCGUGACUAUGAACUGGUGAUCCAUGCUUUUGUAAGUUGGUUGUAGGGCUAGUUGAGUACUGCUUCAUGAAGUGUACCGAAUCCUCUUGACCCUUGUUCCUCAUGAGUAUGCGAGCUAUUUUCCUUACUAA